AUGACUGAAUCCAAUAAGUCAGUGGACACAGGCGAGGUGCCACCGGAGAAGACUGGCGAUGUCGAGAAGUACGGCUCCGAUGGCACCUCCUCUGGGAAUGAGGCCACAGACAGUGACGGUAAGUAUCCCACUGGCAUGGUCUUAUGGUCCAUCCUGGGGCCAGUUACGAUUGCCUACUUUCUUGUCUUCCUCGACAUGUGCGUCGUGUCUACCGCAGCCCCCGCCAUUACACAGCGGUUCAAUUCUCUGAUCGAUAUCGGCUGGUAUGGAGGAGCGUACCAGCUCGGGAGCUCAGCACUGCAGCCGCUCACCGGCAAGAUAUACAGCCACUUCAAUAUAAAGUGGUCAUUCCUUGUAUUCUUCUUCAUCUUCGAGCUUGGAUCUGUCAUUUGUGGAGCGGCCGUCUCGUCGCCAAUGUUCAUCGUCGGUAGAGCCAUUGCAGGUGCCGGCUCGUCGGGUAUUGGAAACGGUGCCCUGACCAUCAUCUCGGCUGUGAUGCCUCCCAGAAAGCAAGCCAAGUUCCUGGGUAUUAAUCUGGGCAUUGGCCAGCUCGGUAUCGCUUUAGGCCCCAUCAUUGGUGGUGCAUUCACUCAAAGUGUUACAUGGCGUUGGUGCUUUUACGUCAAUCUUCCCAUUGGCGGUGCUCUAGCCAUUUUGCUGCUUUUUGUCAACAUCCCCGAGAUGACGGACAAGCUGCCCCCGAGGCAAGUCCUUGGUACCACCAUCAAGUCUUUGGAUCUUCCUGGUUUUAUGCUCAUCAGCCCCGCGGCCAUCAUGUUUUUGCUUGCAUUGCAAUACGGCGGCACUUUGCAUCCAUGGAAUAGCUCUGUUGUCAUCGGCCUUUUGGUUGGCGCCGUCGUCACCUUUAUCCUCUUCCUCGUCUGGGAAUAUUACCAAGGUGAUAACGCCAUGGUGCCCUACGCAAUGAUAAAGAAGCGUAUUGUCUGGUCUGCUGCGGCUAAUCUGUUCUUCCUUCUUGGUGCCAUUUUGGUAGCCGAAUACUACCUCGCCAUUUAUUUCCAAACAGUGCUCGAUAACGGGCCCAUCAUGAGUGGUGUGCAUCUGCUGCCGACGACUCUGGGAUUGGUCCUUUUCACUAUGCUCUCUGGAAUGAUGACCGAGAUUUUUGGAUAUUACCUGCCUUGGAACUUGGGAGGAAGUUCUAUGGCCGCCAUUGGCUAUGGCCUCAUGUCUAUGCUGAAGCCUACGACCUCUUCAUCAAAAUGGCUUGGGUACCAGGUCCUCUAUGGUGUUGGUAGUGGCGCUAUGAGCUCGGCGCCCUACGUAGCGAUCCAAAAUCUUGUCCCACCCCCGCAGAUUCCUAUUGCCAUGGCCAUCAUAAUCUUUUGUCAAAACAUGGGCGGUGCAGUCUUCCUUGUUGCUGCCAAUUCCAUUUUCUCCAAUGGCCUGCGCAAAGAGCUCCAAAAGCACACCAACGAGAUCGGCGUCAACCCAGACAUCAUCCUAAGUACCGGAGCUACAACUAUCCGAAGCCUCGUUUCCGGCGAUAGACUCACAGCCGCGCUCAAGUGCUAUACCACGGCAAUUAGCCAUGUCAUGUAUCUCGGAAUCGGAGUCAGCAUCGCCACGUUUGCUUUUGGCUGGGGCUUGGGCUGGGUUGAUAUCCGGAAGGUGAAGCAACUACAUGUUAUUACUGCAGAUCCUUCUCCAGCCGCGCCGGAGAGCAAGGAGAACGUGGACUCGGCCGCCGAGACGUUGACGACGGCGUAG